AUGUUAUUAAAAUUACACUUAUUUUAUUUGGAUUUCAGUCGUUUCGCUCAGCCUGAUUUCAACCAUGUACACUGGAUAAAUGAAACAUUGAAAUCAUGUACUUCUGAUCUUAAUCAAUUAGAUCAAAAAGCAUCUGAUCUUGUGUUACAACUUCAAACUCAAAUGAAAGAUGUAAUGCAAACACUAGAUCAUACUUGUCAAGAAGCCAUUGUUUCUAUUCCUCGUGUUCUACGUGAAAUUGAUACAGUAAGAAUUGAUGCUCUCACUUUAGAAGCAGAUUUAAAAACCUUACAAGAUGAUAAUCAGUUGGAUGAUAACAGUCAAAAUAUUGUCAAUUCCUUGGUUGAAUUGGAUAGAACACGUAGAAAUGCUCAAUCAGCAGCUGACGCACUACGUGAAACAGAUCGAUGGAUUAAUCUGAUGCAAUGUAUUGACGAGUUGUUUGAAGUUGGUGAUCUUGAUCAGCUUUGCUCGAGUAUUGAGGGGAUGAGUCAAUGUUUAGCAUCUUUUAUUCAUUUAAAUGAUUAUGAUGAACGUAUAAAACAAGUUGAUCAGUAUAAAAAUAAUUUAGAAACUUUAAUAGCUCCAAAAUUAAUUCAAUCAUUUGAUGAUUUAAGUUUAUUCAUGAUGUCAAUGAAUACAUUAAUGUUAACUAAUGACAAUUACAAUUAUGCUAAUGUUGAUAGCAAUAAUAAUAAUAAUAAUAAUAGUGGCAACAAUAAUAGCAGAUUAAAAACAACUGAAAUGCAUUAUCAAAAUGAUCAUUUAAAAUUAACUUCACAUUUAAUUAAUUUAUUAUGUCGGAUUGGGCGAGAAAAUUCGGCUAGAAAAUAUUAUACUACUUGGUUAAAAGAACAAGUGGCCGGCUUUUGGGAUCUUAGUGCUUGUCAAACAGUAGAAAAUACUACAACUGAUAAAUCGGACUCUUUGACAAUGAUGGUGGUGGUAUUACCUGUCAUUAUACAAAAACUAUCCUCUUAUCAAUCGAAAAUAUUUACAAAUAAAGAACGACAAAAAUUAAAUUGUUUGCCAAUAUACCCUGACACCGAGCUGAAUUCAACUGAUCAGUUGAUGAAUUCACCAAUGGUCAAUAAUAUCAUAUAUUUCUAUGCUUUAUUGAUAUGCUUUUUUAAAGGACAGUUAAAUGCAAAAUUAAUUUUUCACUGUCAAGUAGAUCAACCUAACUGUAAUCAUCAUCAUCAUCAUCAUGAAGAACAACACCAACAAAAGUCAGAAUAUCUUUUUCCUAUUGAAUUACUUAUGGAUUUUACCGAUUCAUUAAAAUCAUUUAAGCCAUUUCAAACAUUUACCAAUUCUAUAGUGAAUUAUCAAUUAAUUGGAUGUUUAUUUCGUGUAACUAUUGGAUGUUUACAGUAUUUUGAAGAAUUACUAAUUCCUUUUUAUUCAGACAUAACAAACAGAAAAGUUUGUUCCAAAGAUAUAACAACCUUAUUAAGAAUAAAUAACAAUAAUAUUGAUUCUAAUCAGGAUAAUGUUGACAAUUUCAAGUUGGCUUUUAUUCAAUUAAUUCAAGUAUUUAUUCAUCCAUUUAUAAAGUUGCCAGAAUUAUUCAGUAAUUAUAUACAUAAACAAUUUGAUUAUAAACGAAAUGAAUUAAAUAUUACAGUUGGUAAUAAUAAUCCAUCAGAUGUUUUGGAUAAAUUGAACAAAGAUGUUGUAAUACAAUCAAUUUCACUCUUCUAUGAUACAAUUCAUUUGUGUUUUGAAGAGACUGGUGCAAUAGGGAUUCCUUUCAUAUUGGAUAUUAUUCAAAGUUAUUGGGAUUCAUUAAUUGCUAAUUGGAUAAUAUGGAAUACAUGGAUUGAAAAACAAUUAAUGAAAACUGACAUGGAAUUAAAUUAUCAUCAAGCUUAUGGUUUUAUGUGGAUAUUAAAAUUUGCUCAUUUAACAGGGGAAUUAGCUUCACAAUCUGACAUUUUCGUGGAGUAUGUCAUGUCUAAAUGUUCUGAUUGGUUAUCGUCUGUUCUUAAUUCGACUGAUAAUAUAUUAACUAAAGACAGAACAAACAUCAACUUCAUUACUGAUGAUGAUCAAAUAAAUAUAAAUGAAGAUAAUAAUCUCUGUAUGCCAACUAUAUCUGGUUGUGUUUUAUAUCAGUUAACUUUAAAACAAUCUAUCGAUUGUCAACAAGCAAUUCAAUCACUUGCUCAUUCAUCUAAUUUAUCAACUUCAUUUAAUUCAUCAGUUGAUUUAGUAAAUAAAUCAAAAUCAACCAUUGUUAAAUCACAUUCUAAUUUAAAUGGAGUGCAUAGAUCCAGUUCAAUGCUUUGUCGUUCUACAAUUGGUGUAGUACGUGAAAUUGCAUUGACACCAAUACGUUAUUAUUUAAAACCUGUACCAGAUUUAAAUAUUUGGUUUACUCAUCCAAAUAAUGGUGAAGAAUGUUUACCGGAUUUGGCUUAUUUACCACAAGAUUAUAUUACAAAAAUUGGUCAAUAUUUAUUUAUGCUACCAGCACAAUUAGAACCGUAUUUAUCGUCAAUGAACGAUUUGAAUCUUGAAGCUCAAUUGAAUGAUCAAACAAUUAUUCCAUCAUUGAUAUCCACUGGUGAUGGUUUAACGCAUUGUUUUCAAUUAGGUGAUUCCGAUGUUAUUUACUCGAUGAUUUCGCAUAAAAUAAAUGACCAUUCUAAACACCAACAACAUCAACCAGGAGAAGAAGGUAAAGAACAGACUAGUUCAACACAAACAAAAGCGACAAACAUGUCAACAUCAUCUACUAGAAAACGUCAAUUGAGCAGUAAUUUUAAUCAACUCAAACAAAUGAUAAUGACUGAUGAUAAUAUGAACUCAACAGAAAUUUCUUCAGUUUAUUGUUGGUUAGAAAAUUUAAUAUCUGUGAAUGUAUGUGAUUUGAUUGUAAAUGCAAUCUUACAAAUUGGAUUGAAUAAAUCUGUAGUUAACUCGUCAGCGACAGCGUCAAUGUCCAAAACAUCCAAAGCAUUGAAAUCUAAAAGUGAUUCUUUGAAAGAAAACACCUUUGCUCGUGACGCCAAUAAAAUUGAUGAUGAUGACGAUGAUAGUAAUGAUGACGAUAGUGUUGAAGAUCAGCUAUUACUUACUAAACAUGGUUUAAAACAACUGGACGUUGAUCUUGGUUAUCUGUUUAGUAUGCUGCAUGAUUUAGGUGUCAGUGUUCCAAGUAAUCUGCAGAUAUUACGUGAUUUAAUCAAUUGUGAUGCAGAUCAAUUCCCUAAAUUAUGCGCCGAUCGUCCACCGAAAAUUGUAAAUGCUGUAGCUAAUUUUCGUGGUUUUUAAAUAAUACUUUGUUCUAAUAAACAUAGUUUUUUUACUUACAGAAAACACAUCAUUUUUGUUCUUUUUUCAAUUCGGUAAACUUUCUAUGUUGAAUUUACUUGUAUUCUCUAUUUAUCUUUGUACUACCAGUUUCUUUUAAUAAAUAAUUCUUCCUUAACAGU